AGGGCGACAGAGAGUAGCACAUUACGAGGAUCCCGCAUUGAGGACCGAGUGCAGUCGAGUUUUGUUACGGAUGCAGAAGGGAUACGACACUGUAGUGCGGACGGGCUAGGAUAGAUAUCAAGGCCAACAACUUCAAUAGGCAAAGAUCAACUCCUCUGCAGUUUUUGAGUGGUUCAAAGUGUGUUUUAGACUUGGAAAUGUCGGCUCCCAGAUGACUGUACAUUCUGCCUUCGCGAAAAUGGUUGAGAUUGGCGUAUUGUGACAUCCUGUGCGGAUCCAAGUGCAAAAAAUCCUUCGGGUCAUAGUUUGGUAAACCUGGCAGUGAUAGUAAAUUUCGUGUAAACGUGAAAAAAAUCCUAACUCGAUGCGGAGAGCUUUCGUCCUCUCGAAGAUGUGAAAAGAUACGAAUUUUACAUCUCCAAAUUCAUGAAAUAUAAGUUUUAGUUCUAUUGUGUUAUUGAGAGUGAAUUGCAAAGUUUUUACAUGAAUAUACAGAAGGAAAAUGCAUUCUCGAAGAAAAUUACUUCAAAGAAAAAAAGAAGCUUUUACAGUCGACUGCAAAACCGCUAAGUUAAAAGGUGAAUGAAAGCGUGCCCUUAUACCUUUGCCCGCUCCUGCAUCGGCCGUGAAGUGAUUUUUGUUGAGAAAUCAAUUGAAAAGUAAUUUGCCAUUCAUGCUAAUUACUUUUACGAUCGAGUGUAGUUUUAGUGUGUAGAGAUAUUCAAAAAAGUGUUUACACAUAAUAUCGCGGGGAGUCACUGCAAGUUGAACAAAAUGGCGAUUACAAGGAUUAGCUGCAAGGACAAUAUAGGGUCGGAUGACUUCCGGCAAAGAGAGAAUGACAAGACCUCUAGGAACUAUGACAAUAUGCAGACAGUGGUCCGUAGACUCAAACUGCAUCCACAAAAAGCCAAACCGUGUGCUACUAGGACAUUACACCAAUCAAUUUUCGUCCUACUAAUACUCACUAGCUUUAUCUCAAUUUUGGAUAUUUGCCACGGAUUCGUGUUAGAUGGCUCGAAAAACUCGUUUGCGCAAUUUCGUAAAUGGUACACGGGGCUCAAUGGUUCUUUGGAACUAGAAUUCAAAACAGAGCAACCGAACGGCCUCGUCCUCUAUACUGACGACGGUGGAACUUAUGACUUUUUCGAACUUAAAUUGGUCGAGGGUGCACUACGUCUUCGAUACAACUUAGGAGGCGGCGCGCAAAUUAUAACAGUCGGUCGGGAUCUACACGACGGUCAUUGGCAUAAAGUCCAGGUCCUGCGAAACGAUGACCAGACCACGCUUGUUGUUGAUGGCGUCCCGCAAAGUCGGACAUCGCGGGGGAAAGAAUUCCAAUUUGGAAAAUUUGCAACAAACUCAGAUGUGUACAUUGGAGGAAUGCCAAACUGGUACAACACAAAGUUGGCACUAUUGGCGCUUCCCAGUGUUAUCUUUGAGCCACGAUUUCGAGGUUCCAUCAGGAAUAUAGUGUACGUCGAUCAACCAGGGGUGUCACCACGGAGGCAGGAAAUGAAGCAACCUAGGGAUAUUAAGUGUGGUGAUGGACCUUGUGAUCAGAACGAAUUUCCAAGGGAUAAAGUUGCUAGGGGUCUUCGUGGCGGUAAUAUGACCGAUGCAUGUGAAAGACAUGACCCUUGUCAGCAUGGCGGAAUUUGCAUAUCAACAGAUUCAGGUCCUUUAUGCGAAUGCCGUAAUUUGGAAUACGAGGGACCCUACUGUGAAAAAGAUAAAGCGCCAUCAGAAGCAACAUUUCGCGGUACUGAAUUUCUGUCGUACGAUCUCGGCCAGACGGGGGCUGAACCUAUUGUUAGCGCACAAGAUGCAAUCUCGUUAUACUUUCGAACGAGACAACCGAAUGGAUUACUUUUUUACACAGGGCAUGGCACAGAUUACCUCAACUUGGCGCUACGCGACGGAGGCGUAUCCCUGACUAUGGGCUUGGCAAAUGGAAAGCAAGAAAUGCAUAUCAAACCAUCUCGAGUACGCUUCGACGAUCACCAAUGGCACAAAGUAACAGUACACCGAAGGAUACAAGAAAUAUCAUCAAUCACCAGUUUCUGUCGAUUGGUAACCGUGGUUGAUGAUGUUUACACCGACCAUUCUCAUAUAGCGGGCAAAUUCACCAUGUUAUCGUCAUCGCGGGUUUACGUUGGUGGAGCAGUUAAUCCGCGAGCACUUUUAGGGGCUCGCGUGCAUAACAAUUUCAUCGGUUGUUUACGGAAGGUGGAGUUUUCAGCAGAUACACUCCGAUUGAAUCUUAUUGACCUCGCAAGGACUGGAUCUAAACUAAUCCAAAUUGCCGGUAGGGUUGAAUAUCAAUGCCCAGCUGGUGAUCCUCAGGAUCCUGUCACGUUUACAACACGAGAGUCGAACCUGAUCUUGCCGCCAUGGGAUACUGGGAAGCAGAGCUCCAUUUCUUUCAAGUUUCGCACAAAGGAGCCGAAUGGACUGAUAAUCCUUACGACAGGCACACGGCCGCCCAAGGCGAAAAACCCCGUCCUGUUUGCAAUUGAAUUGCUCAACGGUCACAUUUACAUACACUUGGAUCUGGGUUCGGGUGCCGUGAAAAUACGUGCAUCCAGGCGACGAGUUGAUGAUGGCGAAUGGCAUGACCUCUCUUUAAGAAGGAAUGGACGCGACGGAAAGGUAGCUGUGGAUGCACAAUGGAAUGAAUUCAGAACACCAGGGAAUGCGACAAUCUUGGAAUUGGACAGUCAAAUGUAUGUCGGUGGUACGGGUCCACCGUAUACGAAUGUAAAUUGGCCCCCGGCCAUUUGGACGGCAACAUUACGACAAGGAUUCGUCGGGUGUAUCCGGGAUUUGGCACUAAGCGGAAAACCAGUAGAUAUUGCAGCUUAUGCACGGCAACAGGAUUCUGGUGCCGUGAAACCAUCAUGUCACGUACAAUCAAACGUCUGCGCAAGUUCACCUUGCAUGAAUGGAGGCACUUGUUCAGAAGGAUGGAACCGACCGAUCUGUGAUUGCUCAGCUACACUCUAUACUGGACCAACGUGUGGGCGGGAUUCGGCGACCCUAGCUUUCAACGGAAGUCAACAUAUGACGAUUUGGUUAGCAAACGGACAAGGCACCAAAACUCAAACAGAAGAACUCGUCCUGCGAUUCAAAACAGGACGACCUGUAGGACUUCUUCUGCUGACUAGCGCGGAAUCUACAUCACCAAACCGGUUAGAAAUUGCUUUGGUAGCUGGCAGAAUUCGCGCUAGUGUACGAUUGGGAGAAAGGUCACAGAAUCUCCUAGUUGGUCUGGCCGAUAACCGUGUUUUCAACGACAAUAACUGGCAUACAAUACGUUUUUCUCGUCGUGCAUCGAAUUUGCGUCUUCAAGUCGACGGGGUCGCCCCCGUCAGGGGUAUGUUACCUGAAGUGGUGCUGACGCGACACAGUCUUAUGGAGAUACGAAGCAUUCAUUUGGGUGGCCUGUUCCAUGCCGAAGAAGAGAUUCAAAUGACAUCGACAAUGCCAAAUUUCGUAGGACAAAUGCAAGGAUUCGUUUUUAAUGGGCACAGGUAUAUCGACAUAGCAAAAUCCCUAGGACCUGAACUCUCUGCUCUUCCCACCACCACAUUCAAAUUAACAGCAAGAUGGGUAAACUCGCCACCACCGAAUCCAUAUCAUGCAGCCACCUUUCGUUCAAAACACUCCUAUGUUGGCCUGCCAAUGCUCAAGGCCUACACGAGCAUAUCAAUAGAUUUUAGAUUUAAAACACUCGAAGCUAACGGACUGCUUCUAUACAAUGGCGGCCGUAGAAAUGACUUCAUUUCAAUUGAAUUGGUCAACGGACACAUUCACUACACGUUCGAUUUAGGGGAUGGUGCUAUUACAAUGAGAGACAAAUCAAGGAUACAUAUGAACGACAACAGAUGGCAUUCGGUGAGCAUACGAAGGCCUGGCCCAAAAACACAUAUCCUGCAAGUAGACGAUUCGCUUGAAGUAUUCAGUGCGCCCGGCGGGAAUUUGAAUAUCGAGUUGAACGGAAUAUUGUAUAUUGGUGGAGUAUUUAAGGAUAUGUAUGCUAAAUUACCGUCAGCAAUUUCAUCGAGAUCAGGAUUCGAGGGAUGUCUUGCGUCACUGGAUUUGGGUGAUACGUCACCCACGUUAACAAGUGAUGCGGUGGUACCUAGUUCACUGGUGGUUUCAGGAUGUGAAGGACCGACAAAAUGUAGUCAAAAUGCAUGUGCAAAUAGAGGAAUUUGUGUGCAACAGUGGAAUACAUACGCAUGCGAAUGUGAUAUGACUUCAUACACAGGACCAACAUGUUACGACGAAUCUAUUGCAUACGAAUUUGGAGCCAAUAAGGGUAUCAUCCAAUAUACAUUCCCUGCCGGACGACAACCCGACACUGAAGAAGACAAUAUCGCCCUUGGCUUUAUAACAACAAAAUCGGAUGCAGUAAUCCUUCGAAUAGAAAGCGCAACAACACAGGACUACAUGGAAUUGGAAAUCGUGGAAGGAAACAUCUUCAUGGUAUAUAACGUGGGAUCCCACGAUCUGCCACUUGGUGAAAUUGGCGUCAAGGUCAACGACAACAACUACCACGUCGUUCGAUUCACUCGGUCCGGAGGAAACGCAACUCUACAGUUGGACGAUUAUAAUGUCCUGACCAUAUACCCACAAGGACAUCAAUCGACCGUUUUCAAUUCAAUGGCAAACAUCCAAAUUGGUGGAAAAUUCAGCCGAACGGGACGUUUUCGUAUCGAACGUCCAUUUAUGGGUGUAAUUGCAGGAGUAUCAGUGAAUCGUUUACGUGUUCUGGACCUGGCAGCGGAUCGUGAUCCUCAUGUAACGAUUCGUGGAGAUGCGCUACUGGUAACUGGAGUUUUAGAUAGAAAUGAUCUGCAAAGAAUGCAGCAGACACCGGCAAGUGGUUAUCCUGGCGUUAUGGAUGAUUUGAUAUUUUCCGGUGCGGGAUCCGGAUGUCGUGGCGAUGAUGAAGAUGAAUGUACACCACCCUUCGAAUCGGGCAGUGGUGAUGACUUGAUAACGCCAGUUUAUGUGCCACCAACUAAACAACCUACAACGCCGCAUAAGGGUGGCGAGAAAGCAACGGGUGGAACAGAAAGGACAUGUGAUGAUGAAGAUUGCUUACAUGGGUCUGGCGAUUAUGGAGAAACAACUGAACAGUUUACUUCAACUUCGGCGAAAGGAACAGAAUCGGCUGUAGAAAUCACGUCCUCUACAACAUCCGAAGGAGAAAAGCGGACCGAUUCGACAUCAACAACUCAACACCAGACAACAGGAACAACAAAAGCUGAAACUGAAACAACAAGGACUUCACACAAUACAACACCCCUCACCACGUCUGGAAGCCGUUCGACAACAGGGUCAACAACGACAACUACUAGUGGAACUACUUCUUAUACAACUACAACCCAUGUUCAAACCACCUCGGUUGAACAUGAACCAACGGAUUAUGAAACAGCAGCUAUCCCUGAAGUAGAGAGAACAUCAACAACCGAAUAUCAACAACCAAAUCCAGCAGAGCCUGAAAACGAAAUCCCAAACGUUUACUCCAGAACACCUCCUCCUUCACCUCCGUACAAUCCAAAUCACAGACCUAAAAAUCGAGGUGGACGAAUCAGCUCAAUAGAAGAGGAGCGAACUGCAAUGAUUAUAGGUAUUGUGGCUGGAGUUCUAAUUGCGGUUAUCCUUGUAAUACUUCUGGUACUUUGGCUCAAAUCUACUGGCGAGCGAUCCUACAAAGCUGAACCAGACAAAGGAGCAGGUUAUGGGCAGGGACCAAAUGCAGCGCUUCUUGGUAAUACCGGUACAAAUAGUUCAUAUCAUCACAGUCGUCAUCAAAUUUCGAACGGAAGCGGGGCGAACUCGGGUAGUAUGAGCGGUAUGGCUGGAUACGGAGCAUCUCUGAACAUGAACGGUUCAAUGAUGAACGGAAGCGAUAAAUGCCAACCUGCUGGUCUAGUGCAACCUAAGCCUAAGAAACGUGAUUCUAAAGAUAUCAAGGAGUGGUAUGUGUGAGCUGUUGAACUUAGUAUAGUCUGGAAUACUUACGAAAGUUACGAAAGCGUGAAAGUCUUGAUAGGAAAUAGGGGCAACCUUAACUCUCUGAUUUUAACCUUAUUUUCCUUCUUUCUUUCUUCUUAAAAAGUUGUUCUCCUGUGAGUAGGUUUUCCGGAGCUUAAUUCGCCUAGUUUCUUUUUGAAUUGAGAACAUUUGCUACUAUUGUUUGCUUUCUAGACGCACAUGUAAACCUACAUUAGGUUUAGGUGAAACGUUGUCGAAUGUGAUCGAGUUUUCGUACUUUCGAAUGGUCCCUGAGACUCUGUAGAUGUAGGAUAUGAUUCAGUGAGAGCUAAUAAAAAUUCACUUGUUAGUUCCUGUGUUUACUGUUUUAAGCUUACAUUCGAAUGAGCAAAGUAGCCUAAAGAUUUGUCGACUAUAAUUAAAAAGCUUUAAAGACAAACUGAAAAUAAUCAUCGCUGUCUUGUGAUACAAACGGAAUGAAAUAACACCUCUUCGCAAUUCGAUAGCGGUACGCUUCUAGGCUCCAGUAGGCUUUCCAGACCUAUUUCAAGCUCAAUAGUUACGAGUGCAAACAAUGCAGAUAGAAGAGAAUCAAAGAUCGGCAGAUUGUUGUGUACUUUAUAAAACCGUUCUUUCAUUACUCUUUUCUCGCUCUCUCUAUUCAGCCGUACUGAUCUCAUCACCUAGCAACGUAAGCUAAGUAUCUAUAGUGUAUAUCUUUAAUAUUUAACUUAAAAGCAAAAUCAACUUUUCCGGCCCAAUCAAGGUGGGCUGAACUUGAUUCGGGCAAAACAAUCGCAAAUAAAAGAAUGAAAUCCUUAAGUGCUUGUUCAUAUCUACCAAUCUUUUCCCCCGUUUUUAUUUCUAAAGGAAAAAUGUAAGGAAAUAUGUACUCUCUUCAACUUUAAUCUUUUUGAAAUCUAAAAAAAUCACACUCUAAAAAACAUAAUAACAUUCUCAAUUGAUCUGUAUCCUAAGAAAUGAUAUUAGAAAUCGAAAGAAAAUAAAAAACAAAAAACCAACUGAAGUAAAUCAUCCAAAAUAAAUAAAAAUGUAAACCAAAUGUGUAUAAGAAACAUUUAUAAGUGGUGCUGUACAUUUAGUCCCUAAAAGUAUUUUUUUAAGUCAAAGUAAAUGAUAAUAUAAAUAAUAUUAACUAUUGAAGAGAAAGGAAUAAAAUGAGGAAGAAACACAAAGAAUGAAAAAUAAUAAUAAAAAAAAUGUUGCUAGUUAAAUGAAACUAAUAAUUAUAAUUAAUAAAUACUUUUUAGAUGAAAGGCAAAUGUAAGGAAAAUCGUGUAUUAGCUACUUAACUAUUAUAAUCAUUAUAUUAUUGACUGUUCAGUUGUUUAUGGUUUUAUUUUAAACAAGAGCAAAUAUUAGAGUUGAAAUCAUACGUUUAAAAUUGAAUUUAACAAAAAAAAAAGACAAAAACAAAGAAAAUGAAGCAAACAUUGUAGAAAGGAUAAGAAAUUGUUCGGCAUAAGAAUAGCUCUUAUGAAUUAUUGAAAUUUAAAAACAAACAAAAAAAUAUGAAUGAAACUAUCGGCUUAUGUAGAUUUAAGUCUCGGUGUAAGUGAGUUUAGAUGGAAUGAAAGCUGAGAGAAAACACAAUUGUAACAAAAAGAUUUAGAGCGUAAGACUAUGGUAUUCAAGAAGUCUAAAUGCACUUGUUUUUGUUGCAAGAAACUAAGAAACAAACUAGUACCCUUUCUUCGUUUCAUGAAUAAUAGGAGAAAUACACUGUAAAGAUUGUUGAAAUUUGAGAUGAUGGGAGGAUAUGAUGAUACUGCAUAUAUUGAAAAAAACGCAAAGGAUUUGCCGCGAAAAUGACAACCGAAUUACAAUUUUUACGGUUUAAUUCAGAGAAAACUAAAAAUUCCUAAUAUUUACUUUUGAAUUUCAAAUUCAACUAUUUUGCUAAUAUUCAAGGUACAAUAAAUAAUUAAAAAUAGUGAUAUAUCAAAGCCGAGUAAAUUUUCCAUAAGCUGCAGUUUGUAAUUUUGAAAAUUCACUGUUUUAACCAGAUCACCAGAAAAAUGAUAAAUUCAAGUGUUCUGUAAUUCACUCUUCUUUGCACCAUAUUGUUCUAUCUAACCAACCCACUUCUAUCUUGCUCACUGCCUUUAGAACUAUAAAAAUGUCAUUUCUAUUUUCUAUUGUUUUCUACGAGGUGUUGCUCUUCCUACUGACGAUAGUAGUCAAGUAUCUCUUUCUUGUAUGGUUACAGAAUCUUGUAUGGUCAUAGAAUCUCAAAUGAUUCACACACAAAUAAAUACAAUACCACCCUUCUUUAAACUUCAUCCAACCGAAUCACAACCAAGGCUAGGGGGCGAUCUUAAUCUGCACCGUAUGAAAUGACUUUCGUUAAGGCUUCACACCCAAAGUCAUUCCAAAGGAGUCUCAGCAUCCACCAGCAUCACCUCUCUCGCUCUCAACUCUGCCUUAAUUUUCAUACCCCGACCCAAUUAUUUGAUGGCAAUCUCUCAAUUAAAUGUCAAUCUCGAGAUUUUCACUAUUUGCAUUUGCAGGUGCAAACUUUCUCUUCACAUCGUUUUUUUUUUUGCAGAUUCUUGUAAAUUUUUGCCAUAAUUUCAAAUCUUUUAUGGUCAUCAAAGGCAUUUAAUUUCUUUCAUAAUCCCCAUAUCAAUCUUAGAAAACAUCGGCAUACAUAUUUUCAUACAUCCAGGAUGGUGCUUGAAGAUAUAUCCUGCACUUUAAUUCCACAAAAGUUGCUUCCCAUCUGAAAAUUUAUAAAAUCUAUGGUAAAACAAUAUUGAUAAUGGCAGCCUUGUUUUAUAUUUAAGUGAUCACUUGACAAUAUCCAAAAAGAAUCAAAAAGCUUCUUAGACCUACCCUACACGAUGGCUGUUUCAUUAGUCUGCCAUAGAUCAAUCCAUUAAAAAUUAACAAAUAAACAGCUCAGUCCAUCAGUUGUUCACCUGUUCAUUUGUGAUGGAUUGACUUAUGGCAGACUAAUGAAAUACUGAUCGUGUAGGGUAGGUCUUAGUGACUUGGUGGAAACAACACGGUUAAACUGAUUGACAGAUUUAAUUUAAAAAUUUUAAUAUUCACGAGUCCAUCAGUCAGUUAUUCUGAAUAAAAGAGUCUGAUGAAGUACUGAUUGUCUAGGAUACGUCAUAGGCUGACCGUACACCAUCAGUAUUUCAUCAGUCUACCAUAAUUCAAUCCACCAAAAAUGAAAAAGAAGAAAAAAAACCAUUUUUUGUUGCAUGCACUUCAAGAUCCGGAUCAUUCGGAAGUCAUGUUUCGAUUAACAAUGCAAUGACAACUGUCCUGCCCUCAACUUAUCAUCAGUCCAGCCAAACUGACAGAUUUUAUUCCAAAAUUUAAAUGUUCAUCAGUCAAUGCCUUAUAUAUCUUAGACGAUCAGUUUGCAAUUAUUUUGUCAUUCAGACUGACGCUAGACUGGUCAAAUACUGGUCGUGUAAGGUCACCCAUAAGCAAAAGUGUGUGAGUCAUGGCAUCGACUUUAUUCUUCUGCCGAACCAUGCCAUUUUUCUUUCGUUGAUCGCUACCAUGUUGCUACUCUUUUUUUGCGUCGGAAAAUAAAAUGCACUUACGCAUAAAGUACCGGACUCCUGUCUCAUACAGACUACCGGCUAAAACACCCACUGGAGCGUCUAGGACUAUAAACCGGAACCGUUUAUCACAUUACCUCAGGUCAGGCCUAUUCAACAUCGAAGAAAAGCCUCGUGAAUUCAGGGAACCUUAGCUACCCUGGCAUUUCUCCUAUCUAUUGUAAGAAUGUUUUGAGUGUAAGGUGCCUCUCGACUCUAUAUGUCCUCGUUCUUCGUCAUGUCCUCAAUUAUGGUGUCCGGGGACGCAAGACUCCCUUCCACCGACAGGCGAUGGCACUCCCAUCUUUUGUAGAACAGCAAGCAAGCAUCAAUCCAUCACAUCUUUGCAAUAGAUACAGUCUAGCGACAGAGAUUUCCCGAUUUUGUGUGGGUACCCGUUGAGCAGCUAGGUUAGGUCAUAGCCAACAUCACUAUGCUUUCGAUUGAACCAUGGGCGCGAAUCUUUUAUGAAAUGCGCGUACCUAUCGAUUCUCUUUUCCGAAAUUGCUGCCAUGCGCAGGGGGCACGAGCUCCCUCUUUACAAGUGACAGCUUCCUUAUUUCCCUGACCUUUUCUGAGGUAUGUAAGCCUCAGCUCGGCAGUUUUGAGAACAAUCGGAAUAAAUCCUGCUAACAUCAUUACUGCUGGUUCGGCGUACCCUCCGUCUUUAUGUUUGCACUAGGCGCUUACGGUACACUUCCUUACUGAUGAAGUCAGCUCAUACUUCGGAACCGUAAAGGAGGGUGAACUGAACCGCGUUCAUCAGCAGGUAACGUCUUCUGGAUAAUGAACCUGCAACAUUGGACAUCAGCAAAUUGCAAAUAUUCUAGCAGCAGCAUUGCCUGCUAUGUUGCGAAUCUGCUCGAAGAAACUCAUUUUCGUGUCUAUCAUGAUGUCGAGGUACUUCACCGCGGCUUCGACAAGACUAUGGUUUCAACAACCUGAAUAGGGAGGACUGCUGCAAGCCUCUGGUUGGUCAGCACAACGACUUCGGUUUUUUCCAAAGCUAAACAGAAUUCAUAUUCAGCCAUUCAUUUCCUUACUCACCGCAUCGACAUUCCCAGUGUUGCUCAACUGUGCAUGUGGUAACCAGUGCCGCAAUAUCAUCCGCAUAUCCGACCGGAUGCGAUUCAUCAGGAAUCUCGAGUUGUAGAAGACUAUCAUAUGAAGUGUUUCAAAGGUCCGGACCAAAGAUGAUUAAUAUUAUAUAUCAGGGAUCUCCCUGAGUCGACCCCAAGGUUACCUUCAUUUUGCGGUGUCCUACCCUGGUCGGUUAAAUGGUCGCUCAAAAUCCGCAAUAAGUAACCUGGAGUAUGGAAACGAUUUUCCAAUGCCUCAAACAUGUGGCACCACUUUGCAGAAUUGAAGGCGUUUCUUACGUCUAGCGUCACAAGGGGCACCAAUCGCCGACAGUGACGACUCUAGUUCGUUUGCAGUGAAAAGUAGGCAUUCCUCAGUACUCACUACUUCAUGAACAACGUCAGUUUGGAUAGGUUGGCCAGGAAAUUGGGCUGCACGAUUUCUCCCACUUUCGCUGCUUCAUAGACCGAUAGCACCGAGGUUUUUGGUAACCAGCUUAUACCAGCCCCAUGGCUCUCCGUUGACGUCAUUGAUUAGUUCCUGCCAGCAGCGUGUUUUCUGCCUGUUGAUUUCGUGGCGGAAUUCCUUGUCCUCACGCUUGUACUCUGCAAAUCCAAGAGCCAGUCGUCUUGGUCUCUUGCACGCUGAGUAAUCCGCCAAAGCGUGAGGCAGUUCGUUCCUUACGUCCAAGCUGUGUUGAUAAGCUCAUCGUUAAAUGAACUAGUUGCAGUUCCCGUGUCUGCACUUGCGUCUUGUCGCUGAUUUAGCCCUCUUGAGACUGUAGAAAACUGAGAAGGGUCGUUUGUCACUUCAAAGGAAAUGUACUGAUGAUCACUGGAAGCGAAAUCUUCCAGUACCUUCCAUCGUUUGACAGCUGACUCUAAGGACUCCAUAACAAAAGUUAAAUCGAGUAUAGUGCCCUCGUAACUAGGGCGUCGGAAUGUCCGAGGGCCACCGGUAUUUAGAACAAUAAGUCCUUUCCUGACAGGUAUCUCCAAAAUCUAUGUACCUCGGGAAUCUGGGUUGAAACAUUCUCAAUUUCAGGGCUCUGGGGUUAAACUCUCCUCUGACUAAAAUUCCCCUUUCUUGUUUCUCAUCUCGUCUUCCAAGACGGCGAACCCAUUCGGAAAAGCUUGCACAGAUUCAUUCGCUGUGCGGUAAACGCUUAAAAAUGUCACUUCCGCACAACUAACCCAAACGAAGCUGUCUCCUCGACCAUAGGCCCGUACUCGCCAGUUAACCGUAUCUCUCGCCCAGAUUGCAUCAGUGCCAGAUAUAUCGGCAUAUUAUGAUGGUGAGCUCCUAUCUCAGCACUGCUCACUGAGAAGCAGCUAGUCAGCUCUUCUUUCUUGCACCAUCUGAUCCAUUAGGUCGUAAGCAGUUGGACUCCUGUGCAUGUUUGCUUGCAGGAUGUGGAUCACGGUGCCUGACGUUUCGCUUUCGUAAUUCUUUUUUCAAGACCUGCCAACGCCCUGAACCGGGAGUAUGAGCCAUAUCUUCUUUCUGCAGACUGUAGUCCUUGCAAAGGACCCUACACACCUCAUUGACUCCAUUCCUUAGGUUGUAAAUAAAGGCUCCGCCCACAAAUAUCAAUUUUUUUUUUCAUAUUCUUGCAACCGUUGCAGUUAUUUGAGUGCAACUUGUAACUUGGUUGGCAACCUGGUUGCUCGUGUAUACAAGAUCAUACAUACUGGGGUAUAUACGUUGAUUACUCAAACGUUAAAAAAUUAGAUUUUAUUCGUUGCAUUAAUUGGUCUGAAGCCUGUCAUAUUUCAUCAAAAUUGUAGUGCACGACAAAAACUAUGGCGCACUAUUGCAUUCCAGACUCGUAUUACCCUUCAACAACCACAAUAAAUUAAAUGCCUAUCUACUCGAAUUUCGAAGCCAAUCGGACACUAUUUUCACCUUUAAAGUGAUAGAGUUAAAAAAAAUAGAGGCGGAGGGUAUUUUCAUACGCUAAGACUCAAUAAAUCCAUUAUGCUAACCCCGAUGUACUUAUUUAGAUUUAUAUCUUGCUUGCCUCGCUUGUAUAGCCUCAUGUGAAAUAGAGAGAGUAGUCACACUUUUUAUUGAAGAGGAUCCUACUAGAGUCCUUCCGUUUCCCAUUUCUUUGUCAGCUUGAGGAGAAGCCAAAAGUCGCUGGGAGACUCAUGCGUGAAAAAUGAGCUGGCAUGUUAUCAUAAUCAGCUUGCUAACUGCCACUUUCUCACAUAUUCGGUCGGUUGCGUCUUAUAGUGUCACGAAUCUUUACCGAGAAAAAGAUAUUGCUGUAGACAUACCUUGCUUCUUUUGCGUUUCGCGUUUGUUGCAUGCUUCUAUUGUGUUGGCUCAAAUUUGAUUCCUGAGUUACGUUCAUAUACUUCAGACUAAGCAUCGUUAAGAUCGCUGUUCAUAGUCUCCAAUAUAUUUUUGAUCUCUAAACAAAGCUUUCUGAGCUCGUCUGUCAGCAACUCCGACUCAAAUUUCGCUGAGAUCCUCCUAAAGGCCGAACUUUCAAUUGAAAUCGGAUUUUUAAAUAGUUUCUGAUUGUGGAUUACUUCAUCUGACAGUUCACUGUUUAUUAUUCGACGAUUCUAUAUUAUCAGGGCCGUUAUUUCAUCAAAUACCAAUAUCGUUUUCGAAUCAGAAGGGCUAACCCAGCAGCUAACACAGCAGUUUGAUAUAGUGACGUGGUUUAACUUUGACGAGAUCCCUACUUUAGCAUGGCCUAACAAAAGUUAUUAAACCACCGAAACAAUGUCAAUUAAUGGAAGCUUCAAGGCUUCCAGCAACGGUGGAGAUAAUUUCCCCCGCGCUGCUCCAAUGCUUUAAGGCAGGUUAGAAAAAUACGAGAACCUGCUAAACUAAGGACCUUAAUUUUGUGGUCGAACCCUCCUUCUCUCCUUUGAAAAGUCGUUUGGUCAAGUUUCAUGGCCCAGUGAAAAAGUUAAUCGACAUCAUAAAAGUGAUAAAGGCGCUUGCGGGAAGAUAGCAUCCCCCCGCCCAUCCCAUCCCAUAGCCAGCAGCAAGUCAUUUUUCUAAGAAACACGGUCAAUCUUAUCAUUAAGUUUCUUGACCAGCCAUCUCGUUCCAAAGAGUUAAUAUUAACAUGUUCACAAUUGCCUGUGUCUGGGGUUAUACUUCUCACUCGAUGAUAUUGACAGAGUAUGUAUUCUAAAAAACGAGGGGUGAAUUCUACACCCGAACCGUAGAGUUCUCGUUGUUCAAUCAUACACAAGCAACAAAUCCUACCAGCAGAUUCAUGUAUGCAUCAAAAUAGGCUUUAUCCUGGGUAUGUGUGAACCUGUUGUCGCACAGAUAUUAAGUAUUUCCUAAUAUAUCCCUACAACACUAGAGGAAUCUUCGGGAACUCUGCUGAUAGUGUUGGAGCACUGUAAUUUGGAGUUGGCGUACAUUCCUAACUGUUUGACUGUGCCGGCUAACUAAAUUUUCACCUACGAUAAAGUGGAUAGAGUAUUGGCACACCGUCGACAUUCUUUCUGAUCCACCAGAAUCCGUAAGUUUUUCAGUACUAGUCAGUUUCGCGGGUAUUCCAAAAUAAAACAUUGUUAUGUAUAGGGCGCCGAUACUAGCGUAUGCUAGCUGAAUUCAACCAUUUGCAUUUGCUGUUGAUCUUUGGUCGCUGGUGCGAUCCCAUUGAAGCCGCCUUUCUCAAAAUGUUUCCUCAUUUCGGAUCUGAUCAAGGCGUGUCAGGCCACUAGUCCAACAUGACAUAUUCGUCUCCAUUACUGCAGAACGCCAUUUAUUGUCUUCUAUAGUCGGUCAACAUUCACAACCAUAGAUGGUGACAGGGCAGACGACAUUGUGGUAAAUUUUUGAUUUAAGAUGCUCGUUGAUACGUGGAUUAUAAAGAACACCAGUUGCGGAAUGCCACUUCAUCCAGGUUGCGCUAAUGCGUGAAGGAGUUUUCCAUUAGUUGAUAUCAUUGACCCGAGAUAUUAAAAUCGCUCAGUUCUGGACUAAUCCUCUUUGCCUGGAUAAGAUGAGCACUGAGGUGUAGAGCUUUAAUUUUGAUGACUUGUUGGUAAAAAUUGCGCAAAUAGUGUAGCUGCUUCUUGUACCUAUUGAAAUCACAGACCUGUUGGUUUUCCCAGGCCUCUUUUUAAAGUUUUGUUUGUAGAACAAAACCUUAUUAAAAGCGAUUCAAUAUAUGCCUAUCUGUCUGUCUGUCACACGCACUUUUCUCAGAAACGGUUUUACGGAUUGACACGAAAUUUGUUAAAAAGGUGGGAACUGUGAACCUCCAGACAUGCACCGAGUUACAUCUUUUUACAUUGUGAUUAAGAGAUACAAAAGGGGUGUAUACAAUUUUUUUAUCACCGAAUAUAGUCAUGUUGGAUAUCAAAUGAAAGGUCUCGAUUAGUACUUUUCGAUGACAGCCGUUUUGGU